AAACGUCGUUUAAGCGUCGUUUAAGCGUUAAAACGUGAUUAGCAGUUGGAACGUCCGGGCGUUUUAGGUAAGCUGCGUAGAACGUCCGUUUCGAGCGUUUAAGCGUCGCUUAAGCGUCCUAAUCGCGUUUUAGGACGUUUUAUGCGUGCUUGGGACGUUCUACCCAUUAUGGGUCUUUCCUGGGCCUUUAGGUUUUUCUGUGUAUGUGUUGGACGCACGCCACCCUCCUCUCUCCUCUACGGCUCAGCCGGCCGCCGCCCUCCUCUCUCCUCUACGGCUCAGCCGGCCGCCGCCCUCCUCCCUCCUAUCCUCCAACAUCUCCGGCGCGUCUCUCCUCAGCCGCGGAGGCAAAGCCGGCCGCCGGCCGUGGAGGCACAGCAGACCUGCGCCACCGCUGGCCGCCUACCCCACAGCAGAUCUGCACUCAAGACCAGCAGCCAGCCAGCCAUCCUCUGCGGCUCCACUCUGCCAGCGCCCAAGACCAGCACUAGCAGCCAGCCAUCCUCCACCUCCACUGCUCUCCAUUUGAUCAUUUGGAUGGAUGUCUUUGCUGGUUUGAUCUGCGCACCAAAGAUGCACUUUUGACCAUGGAGGCAGCAAAUAAACCAAUUUCUUCAAUUUGCUUUAAACCAGGAAAUGAAGAUUUUGUGUAUAUCUCUGCUGGAAAUGAAAUAUUGUCCUUUGAUGUUCGUAUGGGAACUCAAUCAAAGCCAUUAGAGACAUAUAACUACAAUAGAGAUGAAAUCAAUCAGAUUGCUGUCAGCUCUAAAGGUUUUCUCGCUGCUGCAGAUGAUAGUGGGGAUGUUAAGAUUGUCAAUACCAUUCAGAAAUGCCUGUAUAAAAGAUUAAGGGAAGCCCACACAAGUAUUUGCAGCAGCGUGCAAUUCAUUCCUUGGAGACCUUGGACAGCAAUUACUGGGGGCCUUGACUCAAAGCUCGCUGCAUGGGAUUUCUCCAAAGGACGAACACUGUUUUCUAUUGAUUAUGGAUCACCUGAAUUGCAAAACGGCAGUUCUUCCGGUAGUGCAGGGCAAUGUUUCAACCCUGCUUUUGUUCAUUCAGUAGCAGUUUCUGAAGAGGGUAUUUUGGGAGGGCUCUACAAGGUUUGUGCUGUUGCAAGGGGGGAUGGUGCUGUUGAUGUGGUUGAUCUUGAGUAUGAACUGGCCCCUGCGAAAUCGAAGGGACCUCCUCGGGCAGCUAUUUUGACAACGAGAUCAAAAGGCGCUGAACUUGGAGAUGGGAGCUGCAAUCAAAGUCGAGCGAAAAGAAUCCAUCUUGACUACACCAUGGGCGGCCAUACUGCAGCUGUGUCUUGUGUAGCAUUUUCAGCAUUUGGUGAGAAGGGGAAGUUCCUCAUUUCAGGUGGCAAUGAUGCAUCAGUGAAGCUGUGGGAUUGGUCGAAAGGAUUUUACUCUGAAACAAACAGCAAAGUUGAUUUGGUUUUGGAUAUUGAUGUAAAGAAAAAGGUAAAUUGGCUGUGUACUGCUCCAACUGAUUCAGAUAACUUGAUUGUGUGUGACACAUCCAAGGUGGUCAAAGUAUAUAGUUUCCGGUAGAUGGAUCAAGGUGUAGCCUCAGUUUGUCAGGCAGUUAUCUGAGGGAGUGAAGCUUGUCUGACCGUUGGAACCAAUCUGGUCCUGACUCUGGUAUCCAGAUAUUACAAGCCUGCCGCAGACAGUUCCUGAAUUGUGAGGUCAUUGGUUAGCAAUUUGCAAUGUCAGUUGUGGCGCAGAACAGAUCUGAUAAAGUAUAUAUUAUUUUGUUACUGUCAGAACUUUUUGUACAACUUCCAGUCUGCUAGCUUAGCUGGACUCGGCAUGUAUAUCUCUGUUGUACGGUGAAAUGAAUUUAUGUGUUUGGAGAAAAUAAGGCUUGUUUGUGCUGGAAGAGAUUAUCUUGAUUGUGUUUAUCCUUUUGGUUUCUAUAGAUUGUAGGCUUGUAGCUUUUAUUUCUCGGUAUGGUGCAACCUGUGGUAGCACAUAUAAUAUAAGGAUGAUGUAUGA